AUGUCGGCGACCCAGAACUACGUAACCAAGGAGCAAUUUCUCAGCACGAGUUACGCCAUGAUAGCGCUGACUUCAAUAUUCGCCAUUGCGCGAAUAGCCAUCCGAGUGACGAGGCCAAAGGCACUAGUGACUGAGGACUACCUAGUCUUUAUAGCUUACAUUCUAUUCAUCGCCAUGUCGAUUUUAUACAUCGUUGUCGCACCCACCUUAUUCCGAAUGUCGGAAAUAGUGUCUGGAGAAGCCACUCCGGAUGUUACUAUGAUUAAGGACGAUAUCUUCAUCAUCAAAGUCUUCUUUGCGAAUGCGAUGAUUUUCUGGAUUGUGCUUUGGACAGUCAAGUUUUCGUUGCUAGCGUUGUCCAGAAGAUUGAUGAUGGGUUUGAAUAGCGUGUACAUGAGACUUUGGUGGGGGGUCUUCGGGUUCUGUGUUGCAACGCUGAUUGGAUGUAUCGCCUCAAGCUUCACAUCUUGCCAUAGCAUGCAUGCUUGGUUCACCCCGGGAGAAUGCAUUUCAGAGCGGGAUGUCCGGGCACAAUUUGCAAGUCUGUACUAUGCAUUUGCAGUGGACGUUAUCUCUGACUUGAUGAUCAUGUUCCUCCCCAUCCGGCUGAUCUGGAAUCUCCAAAUGCCGCGUGCCCAGAAGCUCAGUGUGGUCGCUCUCUUCUGUACUGGCUUUGUUUGCAUAUUUUUUGCUAUCAUCCGUAUCGUCCAGAUUGGAGUCAAAGCGGAUAACAGCACAACACCCAGUACUUCAUGGCUCGCUUUUUGGGCAAUCAUUGAAUGUUCUAUCGCUGUUAUCAUUGGUUGCUGCCCAGCCUUCGCUGCUCUCUAUCGAACAACCCGGAACACCCAAAGAGCCGCCUACAGUGUGCAGGGUUACGCGAAACAACCCUCCGGCCGCUCAGACACACGAGACUCCAAUAUUAACUUGACGAGCUUGUCUCGCUCAAAGAGCACAAGGAAUGCCUCGGCGUAGUGAGAUAAAGCAAAUAGUAUCCAGAAGAGUUAGCGGACGAGGAGCAAGGGAAUCGGUGUAACGAGGACGUUUAAGCUGGAAGACGAGCACUGAAUGUGUUUCAUGUAGGAUAAAUGUUCUCUGUGUGUGUGGCAAAGGAUCAGCGGAAUGAUUGGUUGUCGGAGGCAUGUUCACGAGAAGGGGCCUUGGCGUACGCAGUCACCCGAAUUGACAG